AUGCAUAGAUCAACAAACAGGAGACCACCGUUUAUUAUCUUCUUUUCUCCGACUGACUCAACAAAGAAGAGAAAAGAACAAGUAACUUCACAUGUAUGUGCCAUGUUGAAUAGUGAUGGUGGAGAUCUCAUUAUAACUUUCCCUAACCAGAACUAUGAGAAAAAAGAUUUAGAUCAACUAGCAAGGACCAUUGAACAAUGGAUUAACACCUUGAUUGGUAACAUAACGAUGUUAGAGAAAGUCCAUUUUGGAGUAGAACCUGAUCAAAUUGUCAUUAACAUCGAGGGUUCCUAUAAUUUGAUUACAGUUGAUUACAACAUGUUCCUGCCAAGCCAUACUCAGAUUAAUCGAGUAUUGCCAAACGAAGCGUUAGAAAACGUUCGAGCUAUUCUAUUUGGAAAAAAAAAGAUGAGCCCGAGCAAGAAAUUACCAGCCGUACAACAGGUAUUUGUACAAGGAGAGGAAAUCAAACUGACUGAAACGUACAAUGUUCAGUUUAAGCAACUCGAAGACGCUCCUGCCGAACGAACAACACUGGCUGAUCGAGUCAUUGGUAAAGGGAAUAAAAUCAUUCAGUGCGUUUCAGCAUUUGCUAAUUAUCGUGGUGGAGUUAUUUAUGUUGGAGUAGAUGAUGAGCACCACCAAAUCAAUGGAGAAGUCAUCCCAGCAAACGAAAGCGAAUCUAUAAUCACAAAGUUCAAGAAUAAAAUCAAUAAGAUGAUCUGGCUUGGAUUGGAAGAUGGCCCACGUAAGGGUGAAAACUGGGACAUUCACUUUCACCCUGUUCGUGACAAGACAGGAAGACCGGUAGAGUCGACAUUUAUUAUUACCAUUGUGGUAGCACGGUGUCCUGGUGGGGUGUUUCUCAAAGAACCAGAAAGUUACCACAUUGUCGACGGCGUUGUUGAAAAAAUGAAGUUAGAUAGCUGGAAGGAAUAUCUUCAUUCAGAAAGAUCACGUGAAAUGGCAGAUCAUGACAACAGUGCAUGCGCCAAAUCAACGAGUGCUCUUCAGUGUCAACGACCUAUAGGUCGCAUUCCAUGGAGUUCCAUUUGCAAUCGAAAGAAUUACUAUCAUGUGAACGGAGCUUUGAUUCGAUUGAUUAAUGAUGGUUCGUGGAAAAAGUUUUGGGAUCGUUUGGAGGAGGAGCAAGCGAUUUGUGCAGUACAUGGAGUAAAGUUAGUUAUUUUAUCAAAGAAAAUAACUGCCUACUUUAAACUAGGAAAUUUCGAGGAGGCACAACGCGGCAUGGAAGAAUAUAGAAGUGGAAUAGCUCAAUCCGAAGAUAGAAUGAUCAGUGAAACAAGAGAAUUUCUUUUGAAUUCUGCAUUGGAACGUAGUAGAGGAAACAUUCGAGAAAGUUAUAAGCACGGACUGAACGGUUUAUCGCUAGUUGAACAGAUUCCUACUGGGAUGCUGGUCGUUCAAUAUUAUUCAAAUCUUGCUACGGUCAUUACAGUUCUAUUGGAAUGUGAUGGAGAAAACAAGAAAGUCUUGAAACAAGAGGCAAUUUACUUUUUCCAGAAAGCAGUUGAACACUUGGAAGAUGCCAAUGAUUUUCUACCAUCGAAAUUUGACCAGAAACAGAAGGUGCACAUUAAUUUGGCAUUUCUACACCUUGGAUGUUCAUUUGCAAGUCAUGCAAGAGCUGAAACAAGAGUAGAAGACUCAGAAAUCGAGGAAGCAGUAAAGCAUUUAAACGCGGCUGAUACGUAUGUGAAUGAAGGUUACGCGAUGACAGAUUACCGUGUUUGUCAGUAUUGCUUGGCACGUUCUGUAUUGUUCUAUCGGCGGUCACAGAAUCUCAAACCAGCUGAAAUCGAGAGAAAAGAAUACCUUCUGAAGAGCGCAUUGAAGUAUUCAAAGCAAGCGGAGGAAUUCGCAACUCGAGGUGGCUUUCUUGAAAUGUUGAAGAGCACUUCAAAACAUGUAAAUUUCUUUCAUCAUUCAUGUGCGGAAUGUCACAUGAAGAACAUUGUCAAGCGUGAAGUCUUGCAACUAGUUAACUUAGUUGUUACAUAA